AUGAGCGUGGUUGUGGAAGAUAUCGUAUUACCAGACCCGACCCUCGAGUCUCUAUACCCCAUCUUCCAACAAUGCGAUGACCGUCCCACCAAGCGGCGCAAGACUACUAAAGGGGGCAAAAGGAGCCUGACGAAAGAAAAUGGGGUAACAGCUACGGGAAUCCCUCUGGGCUACAUUCCAUUAGCACGGUUGACAAUGCGCAUAAAACCCUCGAAUACGAACACGCGCCAAUUUACAAGGCCGCACGACCCAACUCUCUCCGCCUCCCGCGUUCCUAUACUCCUAGAUGUUCGAAGCGUUCAUUUUCUCGACGAUGAUCUGAACAACACGCCACAACCAGACUCGGCCAAUGGCGACCCCAAUCGUAUGGAACUGGAAAUAUCUAGUCUCGACGAAGAAGAAUUGCUGAUAUAUCCGUGCGAGGAUCUGCGGCUAUUUGAUCUCCUUGAGCAACUUCAGGCCGCCAGUAAACUUCCUCACGUGGACCAGUUCUCCAAUAAUGAGCCUACAGCCUGCUACCAAGCGCACCUGUGUGCCUCGUCAGAUGGAGAAACUUUUACUCUCGAGUCGGUUGUUCUUUGGAGCGAUUCUAUCGAGACCCCAGAUUUGAACCGUUUGACGGGAGCAGACCUGGAAGCUUUUACAAGAUACGUGCUGCAGGAAAAAUGUGUUCGCCCAUCGGCAUUGACCAAAUCACGCGAAUAUCGUGAUAAAAUGCUGGGAAUACCCCAAGAAUGGUCUCCCGGGGAGUUCUACAAGAAUGUUCACGUCCCCAAGCUCACAGACAGUUCGACAAAUGUCAAAUGCCCCAAUUUAGAAUGCAAGCUAUUCCCAUUCCAGAGAAGAGCCGUUCGCUGGCUUUUACAAAGAGAAGGAAGAGAGGUCGGGCCAAAUGGCGAGAUUAUGCCUAUGGGGGAACUCCCCAAAAGUGACCUUCCAGCUUCUUUCAAUUCUACGAAAGAUGCUGAUGGACGGACCUAUUACUUCAGUUAUCUUUUCAUGAUUCUGACAACAGACCUUUCUGGUUGGCACGAUGCCGCAGCUAAUCUGAAAGGCGGAAUACUUGCAGAAGAAAUGGGGCUGGGCAAGACAGUCGAAGUGAUUGCGUUGAUAAGCCUGAAUAAGAGAGAAUCGCAGCCCAUCAAGGCUGAUCCUGACGGGUUGAGACCUACUGGCGCCACUUUGAUCAUUACACCACCCGCGAUUCUUGAGCAAUGGAAACAACAGUUGAAAGAGCAUGCUCCCACUCUCCGUGUUUAUCAUUACAAUGGCAUCAAACGUGGGAAAGAAACAACCGACGACGUGAUUGUCGAAGAGCUUGCCGAAUUCGAUGUAGUUCUGACUACUUAUAAUGUCAUCGCGAAAGAAAUUCACUAUACGGGUUCUACUCCGAAACGAUCUCUACGUCACGAAAAGCGAUUUGUACAGAGGAGGACACCGCUCGUUCGCCUCUCAUGGUGGCGUGUAUGUCUGGAUGAAGCCCAGAUGAUAGAGAGUGGAGUCAGCAAUGCGGCGAAAGUAGCUCGCUUGAUCCCUCGAGAGAUUGCUUGGGCUGUGACCGGCACUCCACUGCGCAGAAACAUAGACGACCUGUUUGGCCUUCUUCUUUUCCUUCAUUAUGAGCCGUUCUGCUUUUCAGCCCCCUUGUGGAGAAGAUUGUGUCUGUGUUUUGGGCCAGUCCUAGGCAAAAUCAUAAACACAAUCGCUCUUCGGCACAGGAAAGGUCAGUUACUGGAUGAGCUUCGCUUACCACCCCAAAAGCGCAUCGUUAUCACUACUCCCUUCACAGCUAUAGAAGAACAGAAAUACGCUCAGCUUUUCGAAGAAAUGUGUGAAGAAUGCGGGUUGAACGCCUUAGGAGCCCCCUUCGAGGCGACUGGGACCCCGAAGAUCCUCUAUCACCGAAUCCUAGGCACAGGCUCUGGUUCUUUGCGGACUGUGGCCCAAGUUCUGGAAGCCAUGACCGUGGCCAACGAGGUGGCCAUACGUACGGAAGAACGGUCGCUCCUUUUAUCUCAACUUCGACGAGGCCAGCUUCUAGAAAAUGCGAAACGUCGCCAUGAAGCUCUCGCUCUUUGGCAGGAGGCAUUGGAUCAAGCCACUCAGCUUGUUGAAGACAGCAGAGAGCAACUUCGCCGACUGAAUGCCAAAGGCGCUACCGGUGACAAUAACGGGGCUACUCCAGGGAUCAUCGACCUGGAUGGCGAGGAUGAAGACGAGGAUAAGGAGGAUGAAAAGGAGGAAGAGGCAGAUAAUAACAGCCACCUCGGUCAGUGUCGACUAAAGCUUCGAGCUGCACUCGAGGUCCAGCAUAUUGCAGUGUUCUUCACUGCGAACGCGUAUUACCAAAUCAAGAGCGACCCAAAUUUGACCCGGCCAGAUUCGGAUGAGUUCAAAGCGCUUGAGAAACGUGAAGAGGAUGCUUAUGAAGCUGCAAAAGUCAUUCGCAAGGAGAUGUUGACUGAUAUUUCCCGGAAAGUCGAGCGCCGCAUGAAAGAAAUCAAGAUUAAGGCACGAGAUAAAACAUUCGCGGACAUCCCGAAAAUGAAACCCCAUCUCUAUAGCAAAGGAAUCGAGUCAUACAAUCUGCUCAGCAAGUUUGAAGAUUUCUGCGACGCUCUUAACAGGCAUGCCGAGCAAUACAAGGAAUGGCGGGAUAUCAUGGCCAGACUGGUCUCUCAGUCACUCAUUGACCAGGAAGAAGAAGCAAAGCUGGAGGGUGAUGAGUAUGAGCGGUCAACAAAACAUCAAGAUGAGAUGUAUGUCUACAUGGAGGCUUUGAGGGCAAUUCACAGUGACCGUCAUGACGCUCUCACUGGCCAGAAGAACACUCUCAUUUCCCAUGAAGUCAAGUCUGGAAUUGUCCAGGCCGAAAGAGGCGAGGGGCCCUCUCCACAACUAUUUCUCCAGAUUAUGGAAACUCGUAGUCAGGUUAUGCCUGAUCCUGAUCUUGGAUCGCUCCGCAACAUUGUCAGUGAGCUUCGCAGACUUGUGGCAUCGCUGGAGUGGCAAGCCGACGAGGGCAAUUCGCGUGCUCGUGCUGAACAUGAGAUUGUCGAAAUGGUCUUGAAAAACGCCGGUCAACUGAUCGCUGAGCAACUGAAAGUAUCAAACAAACUGAGCAAAGAAGUUCAAAUUUUCCGCGACGCCAUGAACAAUCGACUGGAGUAUUAUCGUCACCUGCAGCAGAUUUCGGAUACGGUGGCCCCAUACGACGAGGAAAAUGUAGGCAAGCCACUAGAUGAAACUGCUUUUACCCUGAUGCUGGAGCGAGAGGGAGUCACCGAAGGAAAGAUUGCAUCUCUCAAAUCCAAAGCAAGAUAUCUCAUUUACCUGAGAGAUGAUACUAGCUCCGACAGUAACGCUCGAGAGUGCAUUGUCUGCCGAUCGACUUUCGAAGUUGGUGUGUUGACCGUGUGUGGUCACAAGUAUUGCACUGACUGUUUGCGACUGUGGUGGGCUGCACACCAAAAUUGCCCAAUGUGCAAGAGGAAGUUGAAGCGUAAUGACUUCCAUCGGAUCACAUACAAGCCACAGGAGCUAGUUGUCCAAGAGGAAAAGACACCUGCCAAAUUGGAACACGAAGGUCACUCUCAGAAUGCGAUUUACAGUGACAUAAGCUCAGGUCACCUCAAUGAGAUCAAGAACAUUGACUUGGAGGAAUCUUACGGGACAAAAAUCGAUACUUUGGCCCGACACAUCCUAUGGCUACGGGAACACGACCCUGGCGCAAAGUCGAUUAUUUUCUCUCAAUACGGAACCUUUCUGUCGCACUUACAGCUCGCAUUCAGAUCCCUUGGAAUAGUUGCCACCAGUAUUGACUCUCCGGAUGGCAUUGAGAAGUUCAAAACAGACCCGGCUAUUGAGUGCUUUUGUUUGCAUGGCAAAGCACAGUCAUCCGGACUGAAUUUGAUCGUUGCAACCCAUGUCUUUCUAUGUGAGCCCCUAAUCAACACGGCAAUCGAGCUCCAGGUCAUUGCUCGAGUGCAUCGUAUUGGCCAAAAUCGACCAACAACAGUAUGGAUGUACCUUGUCUCUGGCACGGUGGAAGAAUCCAUAUAUGAGAUCUCAGUAACCCGACGCCUGGCUCAUAUCAUGGAGAAGGAGAAGCAAGUCAAAAAAUCACUAUUGGAAUACCCUGCCGACAGCGAUGGUGUUACUGAAGAGGCGAUUGAAUCUGCCAACUCGAUGGAACUACAAGAUGCCACUCUCACAACCCUGAUGCAACGCGGCUCCGUGGGUGGAGAAAUGGUAAAGAAGGACGACCUUUGGCAAUGCAUCUUUGGAAAUACCAAGCAGAAAGAUGGCGCUGAUCUUUCAACUGAGGCAGAAAGGGAGGUUGGUCGGUUCUUGAGAGGUGAAGCUGCUGAGCAAAGAAUGGAGGGUUGA